AAAAUGUCCGUCCGUGUUAUCAUUUAUGCCUAUCGCAAACCCGGCCUCGACCUUCAAACCUUCAAGGACCGCUACGAAGCCCACAUCCAACUGGUCAAGCGUCUGUCCGGUGAUGACUUUCCUCUAUCGCACAAGCGCAUGUACAUCGCGCGCACCACUAUCGAGAAACCUCAAGCGGGAGAAAACAAUAAUAAUAACUUAACCCGCAAUGCCCUCACGCCCGCCACCGUCCUCGUCGGGCAGCAAACUGAUUUUGAUUUCGAUGCUUAUGCUGAACUCACAUUUGCGGACCAGGCUGCCUUCCAAACAUUCUCGGCUAAAGUGAUGGCGCCCGAAGCGGCGGCGCAGAUUGCGGCGGAUGAGGAAGGGUUCUUGGAUCGGAGCAAGUUGGGGAUUGCGCUUUUGGGGGAUGUGAUGGAGACCACCAACUGA